AUGGAUUGGCUCCCUCACCGAACGGCUGCUUUUCUGUUCCUUUUGUUGGUACUCUUGGAUUUCAGCACAGGAUUUCAUGUAGAGGUAAAAGAAUGGGAUGAAAAUGGAAUGGCAAGAUGGAAAACCUUUAGAAGACAAAAACGUGAAUGGAUCAAAUUUGCUGCAGCUUGUAGAGAAGGAGAAGAUAAUUCCAAGAGGAAUCCGAUUGCCAGAAUCCGAUCUGACUGUGAAGAAGACAAUCCAAUCACAUACAGCAUCUCUGGAGUUGGAAUUGACCGUGCACCCUAUGGAAUAUUUGUUGUUAACCCAAGAACAGGAGAAAUUAAUAUCACAUCAGUAGUAGAUAGGGAAAUAACACCAGUAUUUGUUAUACGUUGCUUUGCUAAACACUCAGUGACUGGUAUAGAUUUGGAACCACCUCUUGAACUUCGAGUCCGAGUCCUGGAUAUAAAUGAUAACCCUCCUGUAUUUGCACAAACUGUGUUUACGGGAUCUGUUGAGGAGAGCAGCAUGGACAACACGCUGGUGAUGAAAAUCAUUGCAACAGAUGCAGAUGAACCUAACCACUUGAAUUCUAAAAUUGCCUUCAAAAUAGAGAGUCAGGAACCUUCUGGUCCACCCAUGUUCAUUAUGAAUAAAUACACAGGAGAACUCCAUCUUGCAAAUUAUCUUGACAGAGAGCAACAUAGUAGCUACACUCUGGUUGUGAAGGCAUCAGACCGGGAUGGGGCUGCAGAUGGAAUAUCAUCCCUUUGUAGCUGUAAUGUGAAAGUUAUCGAUGUUAAUGACAACUUUCCAACUCUUGCCCAAAGCUCUUUUUCAACAAGUAUUUCAGAAAAUUCACUCAGUUCAGAACUGCUACGAAUACAAGCUCUGGAUGCUGAUGAAGAGUUUACAGACAACUGGUUAGCAGAGUUUUUCUUUAUAUCCGGUAAUGAAGAUAACUGUUUUGAAAUUGUUACAGAUCGAGCUACAAAUCAAGGAAUCCUUAGAGUAAUUAAGGAACUGGAUUUUGAACAUAUGCGAACUCACUCACUGAUGAUUGGCGUCAGGAAUGUAGCUGCAUUCCACCACUCUGUUGCACAUGAGUACCAAAUAUUUGGGACACCCCUCACAGUAGAAGUAAAAAAUUUGAUUGAACCACCAAGAUUUCAUCCAUCUUCAGUUGUGUUUUCACUGCCAGAAGGUGCAAGAGUGAAUUAUGUUCUAGGAACAUACACAGCUAUGGAUGAGGACACUAGAACUAUUGCAACAAAUGUUGUAUAUAGUAUAGGACGCGAUCCAGCUGCCUGGUUCAGGAUCAAUCAAAACACUGGUGAAAUCACACUGAACAAAGUUAUCAGUCGGGAUUCCGUCUACAUUGUCAAUGGGCAGUACCAAGCAGAGGUUCUGGCUAUCACCAGAGGGACUCCUCGAUAUACUGCUACUGGCACCGUUGUGCUUUCAAUAGAUGGCAUCAAUGCCAAUUGCCCAAUUAUUAAUACUGAAAUGAGGAAAGUAUGUAUGAAUUCCCCAUCAGUGAUUAUCUCAGCAAAGCAUAGGAGUGGUGACCUCUAUGCUACCCCCUUCACAUUCAGCAUACAUGGCGAACCUCAGACUACAUGGAUUAUCAGACGAAUAAAUGAUUCCUCUGCAGAACUAGUGGGCCAGAACAUAGACUUUUACCUUUAUAGGAUCUAUGUCGUUGUAAGAGAUAGCCAAGGCCGGCGCUGUGCUCGACCACACAUAAUUCCUGUGCAAGCUUGCCAGUGUGAUAGUCGGAACUACUGCACCAGUGGGGCCACAAGAAUAAUUAUCAUUGGUGGUGGUGGUGGCGGCUCUGGUGGUGGCACUGGUGGCGGCACUACUGGUGGUGGUGGUGGUGGCACUGGUGGAGGAGGCCGGGAAGACGGAGGACAACAAGGUGGUGGUGAUUCUGGCCAGACUAGACCUGGAGAAGAUUUUGAGGACCACACAGACUGGCAGGGCUAUACUGAUAGCUAUGAUGGAGGCGACGAUGUAUAUACUGCCUCCACUGACGGCGAUUGGCAGGAUAAUACUGGCAGACAGUUAGAUUCAAAUACCACACUUAGUGGUGCUGCCAUUGGCCUGAUGUUCCUCGGUGGAUUAAUAUUUGUUUUGAUUCCAAUUCUGAUGUCAAUGAGCGACUGCUGUGGCUGUGGACCUGGCGCUGCAGGUGGAGUUGGAACUGGGUUUGAACCUGUACCUGAAUGUACAGAAGGGGCAAUUCAUCCAUGGGGAAUAGAAGGCGCACAGCCUGAAGACAGGGAUGUCUCACACAUUCUUGCCCCAACAACUGCUGCAGGAGGUGAUUUUGGUGAACCUUCUGACAUAUAUAAUAACACAUAUGGAGGGGGAGGAGUAGUAGCUUCCGGUGUUGAAGAAACUACAGGUGUUGGCUAUGGCACUGGUACUGGCUAUGGAACAGCUGGAGGAAUUUCUGGAACAGGAGAAGUAAAAGGGUCAAUUGGAGGAACAAUAAAAGAGUAUCGAGAAGGAGGAGUGAAUAUGGCUUUCCUAGACAACUAUUUCUCUGAGAAAGCAUUUGUAUAUGCAGAUGAAGAUGAAGGUCGGCCAGCAAAUGACUGCCUAUUAAUUUAUGAUCAUGAAGGAGUCGGUACUCCUGUUGGCUCUGUGGGUUGCUGCAGCUUUAUUGGAGAAGAUACAGAUGAAACAUACUUGGAUACAUUAGGACCAAAAUUUAAGACCCUAGCAGAGAUUUGUCUGGGCAAAGAGAUUGAACCUUUCCCUGAUGUCAACCCACCCUGGCCAGGGGUCAACAUUCCCUUCCCCAGCCCUGAAAUUGAUCUAAACCUCCCGCCACCGGGGACCACCAUCGUUGUCAAUGGAAGUGCACCUAUGCCUCCCACCGCUGGCACUACAACGGUUGUUACUGAAAACACCUACACAUCUGGGGCAACCAUACAGACCCCGAGGCCAAUGCCGGAUCCCCUGCUCCAUGGCAACAUGACGGUGACCGAGACCUACACCUCCAGCGCGCCCUCGCUUUGCGUUGACCCUCUGCGUGCAUCCAACGUCGUUGUGACAGAGCGGGUUGUCGGGCCUGCGUCGGCCUCUGAUUUGCGUGGCGUGCUGGAUAUUCCCGAUCUUACAGAGGGCUCCAACGUUAUCGUCACGGAAAGAGUAAUCGCGCCUAACUCCCGACUCCCAGCAUCUCUGAGCAUUCCUGAUUUGGUAGAUGGGUCAAAUGUGGUAGUGACAGAAAGGGUGUUCAGGCCUGCCUCCGGCAUGCCGGGCAGCCUAAUAAAUAUUCCCUCAGAGUUAUCCAAUGCCCACAACGUGGUGGUCACAGAGAGAGUAGUGUCAGGGUCUGGGAUGAGCAGCCUGGGAGGAACAAGCCUGGGAGGAGCAAAUCUGGGGGGCCUGAGCAGCACGGGUCAGAUGCUCAGUGCUGAAUGUCAUCUUGGCCAAGGAAUGGGCACGGCAUCUCCAGGUACCUCCCGAAGACGAAUGACAAAGUACAGCACCGUGCAGUACUCCAGUCAGUAA